CUUCGACAACAACGGAUCUGCGAAACAUGUACUCCAAGGUGGUAGUCUUCCUAUGCGCUGCGGGCAUUGCAACCGCUGGCAACUUGCUCCACGCCCCUCUCGCUUACACCGCUCCAGUCUCCUCUGUAUCCUACUCUUCCCAGACAACAGGCCAUGGUGCGCCAGCAUUAGCCUAUUCUGGCCCAGUUCUGGCUAAGACAUAUAAUGCACCAGCCUACACUACCUACCAAGCACCUGCAUACGCCACGUACAGUGCUGCCCCAGCCUACUCAACCUACCACGCUACUCCCGUAGCAACUGUCGGCAAGGUUCUCUCCCCGGCUGUGUCCUACUCUUCAGUAUCUCAGUCUAAGACCGUAUCCGCUCCAGCUUUGUCAACCUACGCCGCUGCCGCUCCUGCCGUUUACGCCGCUUCUCCUGCCUACUCAACCUACCACGCAACUCCCGUAGCAACUGUUGCUAAGACCCUGUCUCCAGCCGUAUCUUACUCAUCCGUGUCCCACUCUAAGACUGUGUCUACCCCAGCAGUCGCAACCUACGCCGCUGCCGCUCCUGCCUACUCCACUUACCACGCCACUCCGGUAGCAACUGUUGCUAAGACUCUGUCUCCAGCUGUAUCGUACUCUUCUGUAUCUCAUUCUAACAUAGUUUCUGCCCCCGCUGUUGCAACUUACGCAGCUGCCGCUCCUGCUGUAUACGCCGCCGCUCCUGCCUACUCUUCUUACCACGCUACACCUGUAGCAACUGUAACGAAGACCUUAUCACCAGCUGUGUCGUAUUCCUCUGUAUCUGCUCCCGCUGUAGCAACUUACGCUGCCGCCGCCCCAGCAGUCUACUCGUCUCCAGCCGUAACUACUUACCAUGCUGCCCCCGUAGUGACCAAGACAAUCGCCGCUCCCGUUGCUUACCAUGCUGCUCCCAUUGUUAAAUCAGCCAUCACAUACUCAGCUGCUCCAGCUGUGUCCCACGUUUCGUAUGCUGGCUUAGGAGCACAAUAUGGCUGGUAGAAAUCACUUGUCAAUCAGUGUUAUUAAGUGUUUGUUGUAAAAUAUUUAAAUUGUACAAAGUAGAAUUUAUUAAAUAUAUGAGAAUAUAUG